AUGUUGUCGCAACAAGAUAUCAAUGCUCUGCUGCACGCCAUGCGUGCACAGAUUUUGGCCAAGAAAGUCAAGAUCAUCGCUGACCCCAGCGCAUUCGAAGGAGAUCAAGCACGACUUGCCGAAUCAACAGCAGUGCUGUCAAGACUAAAAGAACCUGUGGCGGGUCAAUUCACCCAAGUAAGACUUCAGGAAUGCUACACCGCGGGUGUGUGGCCUACCUGGGACGAUCUCAAAGUAGAGAUCGAAAAAUAUUUUGAACCACAACCUGAGUGUGACUGGGCAUGUCAGCAAAUCUGUUCCUUCAAACAAGGAAACAUGAGGACAGAUGGCUUUGUAACCCGGUUCCUGGCCCUCUCCAUUCAAGGAGGGCUCGGCAAUGAACAUGCACCAUUCAGGCUGCAACCAGGGCAGGGAGCCCCUAUGGAUAUUGGUGCGGUCCAGGGAGGACAGAUGGGCAACUUCAAGGGCAGUUGCUACAAUUGCAGCCAAGAGGGACACAUGUCCCGAGACUGUAGAAACGGGGUGCAGGCCGCCCAACAAAAAAAUAACCAAGGGCACCAGGCACGCCAAUUGGAAACAAAAAAGACGGAUGAUCAGCUCAAUACUCUGGCCGGUCGUUCAUACAACGAAAUCCAGGCCUUUUUUUACGACCAGCAGGUCGCUGAAAUGAAGACUCAGGGAAAAGAAUUUGGAGCUUAG